CGAGGACCAAACAGAUCAAAUAAAUGAACUUCAUGACCAGCUGAACGAAACUCGACGGGAACUCAAUCGAGUGAAAGAAGAACGAGCGCGGUUAGCCGACGCGGCCGUUUCAGCGAGACAUUGGCAAGAUGAAGUGGACGCUUUACGAGAAUCUAUGGAACGCGCACAACGGCUUGAACUAGAGAACGCCAAACUUAAGCAUCGAAUCUGUGAAGUAGAUUAUUACAAAGCGCGUUGUGAUCAAUUGGCUGGGGACCUUGAAGCGAUGGUCGAGCAACAAUCAGAAAGUCCCGCGGCGAGAAAUGGCGAGUCUGAUACUCGCUGCACUUUGCUAGAGGAGUUGAAUAAGACGCGGAUGAAGUUAGCAGAUGUAGAGAAGUUGCGGAGCAUCGAUCUUGAUGAAAUGACAAAACUUCGAGAAGAACUCGGAAAACUACGUCUGGAGCAAUGCACUUUGAUCUCGAAAAACAGUUCAAAAAAACUUGCCUUGUUUGGAUCCAUCCCGGAACAACUAUUCCGCUCAAAUCGUCACCUUAGCUCCAAAGAUGCCAGCGACUCUGAAACAUCAGAAUGCUCAAGUGCGAUGAGACCGGAACCGACAGCUCCCAAUCUCUCAGUGCAACUACAAGAAUCCGUAACCCUUCCAUUGACCAGUAAUCGAACGAAGCAUAAUCAUGCCAGUUGGUCAGCCACAGAACUGACCGAUACAGGUACACCCUUACCUGAAGUGGAAGCAAUCGGACGAUAUCAAUCCGAAAAGUCUCAAUCUCAACGAAAUGAUCCAGUUAAGCGGCCAGCAAAGUUACGAAACUGGCGUGCAUUCCGGAGAUCAUUGCGUUCAGAACAUUGUGAUGGGAGAGGAGCUUCAGACGAUGACAUGAACGAUGGCGACGACGACGACGAAAGGGAUGAAGCGGAGGGAGUGGAUAGUGGAAACAGUACUGGGAAUUCAACGGAAGGUGCUUCCAUUGGGAAGCUUCCUAAGGGACGAAUACAACCAGCACCUGAUCACCACCAUCAUCGGAGACUUAAAUCCAUAGCAUGCUCUGAUUCUGAAUCGGUCGAGCGAGAAUCCGAAGCGGAAUAUCUUAACACAUCCAAUGAUCAUCUGAAACAACAGUUUGGUACUACAGGGGUCCACCUGUCCGAAAAUGAACAGAAGAUUGGAGUGCUGAAAACCAACUUACAACCAGAGGUCGCUUUGGAUUACAAUGAGAAAAGCAACAUGAGAAUUCAACCUGCCAACUCGAAAACUGGUUUAGAAUUAUCUGAGCACACUGGACAUCUGGGCACACAUGCGAGUGAAUAUCAUCCUAACUCAAAAGAAACAAACGACGCAUUAGUUUCUCGGAAGCCACACUUAGAAAGCCAGACGUCAAAUGCUGAGGUUGCCCAGCAGGCCAACCCGAAGGAACAACCAACUCGACCAGGUGAAAUGGAAGCAAGUCUACUGGGGUUAUCUCGUCAGAUAAGUGUGGAGAAACAGAUGUCCGCCGUCUUACAGGAGCAGCUGGUUGCGGAGAAGAUAAAAACGGAACAGCAAUUGACAAUACUGAACGGCAUACGUACUGGUUUCCUGCUAAUGGGAUUCAAUAAAGGAAACAUUGAUCGGAUUCUGCACCAUGACUCGAACGUAAAUCACGCAGAUUUGUUAAUUCAGCUAUUGGAAGAAUAUCGAAGAAGUGAAAGUACAGGGCAUCAGAUAACAGAAGACACGAAUCAGUCAUUGGGACGAGGUACAUCGGAAACGCCAACGUUCAGCACAGCGUCCGUUAUACGGCGAGUGACUACAGAACCACAGAAUCAGGCUUCUGACCAACACUGUAUUCAAGGAGCAGACGAGGUUGAUGCUUCCGACUGCGCUCUAUCAUUAGGAAUGUCGAAGGAUGGAUUCAUCCAACAGGCAAGCGAAAACGAGAAGCGGGACGCCAACAAUAGUCCACAGAUAGUUAAUGAGCGUUUUGAGCAGACUAUUCUCGCUGUCAACAAACAAUUGGUGUCCAGUCAAAACCAUGUGGCCGGAUUGAUCACCACAAACGCGCGUCUCCAGGUGGAAAACGCUACUCUGCACAGUCAAGUGGACAGUUUGAGCGCACAGAAUGCGUUUCUCUCCGGUCGCACGGCAGAACUCAAGAUCGAAGCUAAUCGUCUGAAAUCUAUGCUUGACGAAGCGCACACAGCGGAAGCGGAAAUAUCCUCUGACUAUAAACACCUGCAGAACUUGUAUGAACGGCUGACUAUGGACUAUGAUGCAAUGAAUGAAGCGUUACAAGAAUCCAAAGAAACACAACGACGACUAAAACAUCGUCUGGGCGAGGCAUCUGCGGAACUAAGCCAUCUUCAAUCGACUUCCAAGGAAGUUCGCGUCUUGAAGGAUGCUUUGGAAGUCGAACGUGAUGCAUUUAAAGGCGGAGUAAAGCAGUCUGUACAUUUACAAGAAGAUUGCUCUCGGCUGCGCUUACAGAUUGAAUCGUUGGCCAAGGAGAGAGAUCGAGAGCGUUCAGAGAAGUCAAUUAUGGCGGAAAAAAUGCGUGAAGAUCGGCGGAAAAUUGAGGAGUUGCAGAACAAGAUGAAUGAACUCACUUUUGAAUUAACCGAUCAGAGGGAUAACGAUCGGAAAUGUAGAACCGAGCUAGAGAGUUUACGAUCGCGAAUACAGACUUUGUCCAAUAGGAACAGUAAACUGGAGGAAGAAAAUCGCACCUUCAUUAUACAGUUUGAAGCAUUAUUGGGACAGAAUCAGGAGCCGUUUCCAACGAAAACGGCACUAUUCAGCAAUCACUUGACCGAGGUUGGUCUGAUAAGAGAUCGACUAUUCUCCCCGCAACGUCACAAACAACACCUGGAAGAUAAAUUGAUGCAGCAUUACCGAAAUGGUUCACAGUCGAAAAAUGAUUCUCCAUACCAGUCCGUAGAGGAGCCCCAAAGACGGAUAACUCUAGUUCAGAAAGCCCGGGCCGCUCUUACGAAGAGGAAAGAACUGGAACCUGUAGUUCGGAGAUCAUCUGAUGCACGUGACAGGACGAAUUCAAUGCAGUCUCAGUGCCAAUUUUCUAACGAAAACGAUGGUUUGUUCGCCAAUUCCUUGGCUGCAUCCGAAGUUAUGACAACUCCCAACGCCGCUCCAGUUCCUGGGUCGGUAUCGCUUUAUGACCAGGAUGAAAAUAAACUUAGUACAAAUAAAUAUCAAACGUUUCUCCGGUGCCUUGACAAUUCUACCCUCAAUGCCAAGACUGAGGCGAUGGGACCAAGAAGACAAGAUGCCUCCGGAUAUCCCAGUACGUGUGUUCUGGAUUCCGAUUUCCGUCAAUCUUGGUGCCCUGAGCGACCAAGCGAAGAAACUUCAUUAGCAACAGUGCACGGAGCUAUUAACUCCAACGGGGCGUCGGAGCUGGCAGAAGCGCCCCACAGAACAAAAGUUCCUAAAUCUUCAUCAUAUCAGGUGGAUUCUGGACAUCAGUUUCCAAUCGAACCAACUGAGAGCAGAUCUUUUCACGGUACGAAAUUUCGGGGAACUCCAAGUCAAAUCUGUUUAAAUGCGACAGGUUGUGAACCACGUGAUUCAAGUGAAUCCACGGAAGCGAAAUCUAAACAGCGAGGCAGCCAAUCCUGCGGAGGACAGGUUUAUCGCAAACUACCAGCCACAGACCGUUGCGAGAAGCAUCUUUUUGAGGUGGUUACAAUCAAGUCCACGUGUGAAAAUCUCAUAGCGAGUGUACACAGCCAUCAAGGCUCGAAAGUAUCAAGAAGUUCCAGCAUGCGAUCCUUUUCUCCUUCACAUAACGCUAACUCCGGCAAGAUAGUGGAGAGAGCGAAUUCGCCGUUAUGCAACUUUCCAAGUGAGGAUCAUGGAAAGGAAAAAAGGUUCGAUCAUAGCCUCCCCCACAUGCGUCGACCGGAAAAACUAAAGCACCAAGAAUCUGGGAUCCGAGGAAACGAAGAUGGUUGGAAAAGCGAUAGCUUAUCUUCGUUGCGCUUUACGCGGUCGAAAAGCAGCAUGAGCAGCCACCUGAGUUCGUAUACGAACGACACCACGGAACAAAACCACAAUGGUUCAUCGAAUGGCCACAGCACGGUCGAAAGCAUCCGCUCACUGGAGGUAGAAAGUAAACCGCGAGUACUGCUGGAAUACGGGGAUUUGUAAUGUCGUAAAUCACCCUAUUACUUGGAUGAACCUGGAUGGGCUUGAACAGGAAGGUGCCAUUUGACACGCACUAGCAGUUUGGGGCAUAGCCGCGAGCGCUGGCAAUUUCGAGAUGGACACCGGCAUUUAAACUUGACGUCCAAUGGUAUUUGCACAGCGUAUACACUUUGUGGGCAGCACCAGCCAUCUCAAAGAUAAAUCGUGAACCUGACACUGUUAUUUCUGUCACAUGUACAGUGUUUUGCUACCAAAGAAAUGUAAAGUUUAUGCGC